CUUGUCACUCCUUCUAGUUCUUUCCAGGGUGUCUGGCUGAGCUGCCUGUGCAACAUUUCUCCUUCAUUAUGGACCCGCGGAAAGUGCAGGAGUUGCGGGAGUUCGUGCGGCUGUGUGAAAGCAACCCAAAUGUUCUGCACUGCUCGGAGCUCCAAUUCUUUAAGGACUGGCUCCUUAGCAUGGGGGCUUCAGUUCCAGCUGCUGGAAGCACAGAACCACCAACAGAUGCCAAGGAAGAGACACCAGUGAAGGAAGAGAGAACACCCUCGCCACCUCCCAAACCAGAGAGCGAGGAGAGUGAUAUUGAGAUUGAUAAUGAGGGAGUGAUUCCUGGAGAUGAUGAUGAACCACAAGAGAUGGGGGAUGAAGAUGUGGAGGUUACAGAAGAAAUGAUGGAUCAGGCCAAUGAAAAGAAAGUAGAAGCAAUUAAUGCUUUGGGAGAAGGUGAGCUUCAAAAAUCCAUUGACCUGUUUACUGAAGCCAUAAAACUGAAUCCACGGAUAGCAAUUUUAUACGCAAAAAGAGCAAGUGUGUAUAUUAAGCUACAGAAGCCAAAUGCGGCCAUUCGUGACUGCAGUAGAGCAAUAGCCAUUAAUCCUGAUUCAGCACAGCCAUACAAGUGGAGGGGAAAAGCACACAGACUUUUAGGACACUGGGAAGAUUCAGCCCACGACCUAGCCAUGGCAUGUAAGCUGGAUUAUGAUGAGGAUGCAAGCGCUAUGCUGAAGGAAGUGCAACCACGGGCUAAUAAGAUUGCCGAGCAUCGGAGAAAAUAUGAGCGUAAGCGUGAGGAAAGGGAAAUUAAUGAGAGAAAGGAACGUCUGAAGAAAGCCAAAGAGGAACAUGAGAAAGCACAAAGAGAAGAAGAGGCUCGGCGUCAGGCAGGAGCACAGUUUGGUGGAUUCCCAGGUGGGUUCCCUGGUGGAAUGCCUGGCAUGGGAGGAAUGGGCGGAAUGCCUGGCAUGGGAGGAAUGGGCGGAAUGCCUGGCAUGGGAGGAAUGGGCGGAAUGCCUGGCAUGGGAGGAAUGGGCGGAAUGCCAGGGGUCAGUGAAAUUUUAUCAGAUCCAGAAGUGCUGGCAGCCAUGCAGGACCCUGAGGUGAUGGCUGCAUUUCAAGAUGUAGCUCAAAACCCAGCCAAUAUGUCCAAGUAUCAGAACAACCCCAAGGUGAUGAACCUAAUCACCAAACUGUCAAGUAAAUUUGGGGGAAGUGCAUAAUCUGCUGAGGAGAAUAAGCAAUACAGGAAUAAAGCCAACAACGGUUGGGCCAUAUCCAUUAUCACCCCGGUGUGGCCUGCUAUAUCCUCUUCUCCCUUGUUACCCUCUGAUGUGAUUGCUGCAGUACCACAGAAAACAGCCAGCAUUCAGCAUUUAUUCCUAUGGCAAAUAAGGAGUUUAGAGAGAUGGAGGUUUAAUUUUUUUUUUUUUUUUUUUUUUUACUAGCUUGUCUGGAAGGAGUUUGUGUUUUAUAGGAAAAUUCUGUCCCAUUCUGGAGAUGCAGUCCUAUUUAUCUAAAUAUACUGUAUACUGGCACUGUAACAAAAUUAGGGCAAUAAAAGCACUUGGCUGAUUUACCAUUUUCCCUCCAGUUGGGCACCAUGUCCAAAGCAAGUGAUCUGACAGCAAAAGAUGGAAUCUGUAUGUACCCCUUCUAAAGCCUGAGGUUUCACUGGAUUUUCUAAAUAAAGUCCAUUUCACCUCUCAGCCUGAAUUAUAAAGGUUAUGAUACCCCUCCCAUUCCAAACCUGCCCGCGCACAGCCUCCUUUCACUAAUGACUUCUAUAUAACAAGCCAUUUAAAAGUAUUGCAAAAACUGGAAAAUGUUUAUAUUUUUAUUAAUUUGCUGAAUUCAGUUACAUUUUGCUAUAUAAAUAUGCCUCCAGCUGGC